CCGCGAGCCAGAUCAAUUGGGAGACUAUAAAAUUCACCAUAAUCAUCCCCAUGCCUACACAAGAAAUCUGAAGAUGAGAGAGGAUGAGUAAAAGACAGCACUGUUCAUCAUGCCAAGAGCACCAGCACUGAGUGUAAACCCGGUGUUUGGAUACGGGCAAAAAAAUGAAAGAGUCGUCAACUGGUAGGUGUCAAGAAAAUCUGAGCCGGAGUCCUGCGGCCACGACCAGUAUUUCGAUAUCUCUGCGCUCUCCUGUGUGCCGUGUGGAGCCCACCAGAGGCCAGAUGCCCGGGGAACUUCAUGUGUUUGCCUACCAGGAUUUCAGAUGAUCUCUAAUCUUGGAGGAUCUGCCAUUACUUGUAAAAAGUGCCCGGAAAACAUGAAAGGUGUUACUGAAGAUGGCUGGAACUGUAUUUCUUGCCCUAGUGACUUAACUGCAGAAGGAAAAUGCCAGUGUCCCCCUGGACAAAUUUUAGUGGAAAGAAAUGUCAAUGGAACAUUGUUAUCCCAAGCAACUUGUGAGCUUUGUGACAAAAAUGAAAAUUCUUUCACAGAAGCAAACACUUUAGGAAACAGGUGUGUCCGAUGUGGUCCAACAUUCAUCAAUACCAGCAAGUCCUGUGCAUGUUUAGGACCAAACAUUCUAACAGGGGGAUUGUGUUUCAGCACUGCAGGGAAUUUUCAUCAGCGUAUAAUUUCAACAGUACGUCAAGGAAAGCUUGGUAUAUCUUUAAAUUCAGAAUGGUUUGCAAAAUAUUUGCAAUCAACCGCAUCUGCAUGUUCGAUGUAUGCCAACCUAACAUCUUGUCAAGCUCUCGGAAAUAUUUGUGUGAUGAACAUGAAUUCUUAUGAUGCUACUACAUUUGAUGCAUGCCGAGUAUUUCAGUAUAUCUUUGAAAAUACUGCUGGAUUAAGUACUGUUCAUUCGAUUCCAUUUUGGAGACAGAAUCUUCCAUGGCUGUUUUAUGGAGACAAGCUUGGAUUGGCACCUCAAGUACUCAGUACUACCCCUCUUCCUAGAAAUUACAGUUUUAAAGAACAAAACCAGAACACAAAACUGAAGUUUGUUGCUGCUUCCUAUGAUAUAAGAGGAAAUUUUCUCAAGUGGCAAAGUUUAGAAGGAGGUAUUUUACAGCUUUGUCCAGAUACAGAGACAAGACUAAAUGCUGCUUAUUCUUUUGGAACAACCUAUCAACAAAAUUGUGAGAUUCCUAUGUCUAAGAUCUUAACUGACUUUCCCACUCCUAUAUUUUAUGAUAUUUACCUUGAAUAUACUGAUGAAAAUCAACAACAAAAUAUUUGGGCCGUGCCUGUGUUAAAUCUAAAUCUGAAAUACAACACAAUGUUUGUUAACCAAGAUAGCAGUCCUAACAAGUGGCUUCUUACUCGGCGCAUUUUCUUAGUGGAUGCAGUGAGUGGACGAGAAAAUGACCUAGGGAAUCAGCCAAAAGUAGUUCGAAUUGCUACCCAAAUAUCACUGAGCAUCUACCUUGUACCCAACACAAAAAAUGGAAACAUAUACCCUCCCUUAAUCACCAUUGCCUACAGUGACAUUGACAUCAGAGAUCCUAAUAGCCAAUCUGUGAAGCUUUCUUUCUCAGUCAAAUAUGAAAUGAAUCAAGGAGAAGCCUAUGUCCAGACAGAUAUUGCUUUGGGUGUGUUAGGUGGACUAGCUGUGUUAUCAUCUCUUUUGAAGACAGCAGGGUGGAAGAGGCGCAUUGGAAGUCCUAUAAUUGAUUUACAGGCAGUGAUGAAAUUCUUGAUGUACUAUGCUGGUGAUCUGGCCAAUGUGUUUUUUAUCAUCACAGUGGGAACAGGUCUUUAUUGGCUUAUUUUCUUCAAAGCACAGAAGUCUGUCUCUGUUUUGCUACCAAUGUCAAUUCAAGAAGAACGUUUUGUUACUUAUGUGGGAUGUGCUUUUGCUCUGAAGGCUCUGCAAUUUUUGCAUAAACUCAUAUCCCAGAUUACCAUAGAUAUAUUCUUUAUUGAUUGGGAGCGACCUAAAGGAAAAGUUCUUAAGGCUGUUGAAGGUGAAGGUGGUGUUCGGAGUGCCACUGUUCCUGUGAGCAUUUGGAGAACGUACUUUGUAGCAAAUGAAUGGAAUGAGAUUCAGACUGUGAGAAAAAUUAAUCCACUCUUUCAAGUACUUACUGUCCUCUUCUUUUUGGAGGUUGUGGGAUUCAAGAAUUUAGCAUUAAUGGACUCAUCCUCUAGUCUUUCUAGAAACUCAUCAGAUUACCUACCUCCUUACAGCCGCAUUUUGAGAUAUGCAGUGUCUAUUGCUCUUUGGCUAGUCAUUGGAAUUAUGCAGACUGUGUACUUUGCUGCCUUUUAUGAGAGAUUCAUAGAGGAUAAAAUUCGACAGUUUGUGGAUUUGUGCUCUAUGAGUAAUAUAUCAGUGUUUCUGUUGUCCCACAGAUGUUUUGGAUAUUACAUUCAUGGUCGAUCUGUACACGGGCAUGCAGAUACGAACAUGGAAGAAAUGAAUGUGAAUCUUAAAAGAGAAGCGGAAAAUUUGUGUAGCCAGAGAGGUUUGGUACCCAACACAGAUGGUCAGACUUUCCAGAUUGCAGUUUCUAGCCAGAUGAGACAACACUAUGACAGAAUUCAUGAGAUAUUAACAAGGAAAAAUGGCCCUGCAAGAUUAUUGAGUUCAUCAGCAAAUACUUUUGAGCAAAGUAUAAAAGCAUAUCAUAUGAUGAAUAAAUUUCUGGGCUCUUUCAUCGAUCAUGUUCAUAAGGAAAUGGAUUACUUUAUAAAAGAUAAGUUGCUUCUUGAAAGAAUUCUUGGAAUGGAGUUCAUGGAACCAAUGGAAAAAAGCAUCUUUUACAAUGAUGAAAGUUAUUCUUUCAGCAGUAUGCUGUAUUAUGGAAAUGAAGCCACCCUUCUUACUUUUGAUCUGUUAUUCUUCUGUGUUGUGGAUUUGGCUUGCCAAAAUUUUAUUUUAGCAGCCUUUCUUACAUACCUACAACAAGAGGUGUUCAGAUUUAUUCGUAACACAGUAGGACAAAAGAAUUUGGCAACCAAAACAUUGGUGGAUCAAAGAUUUCUGAUUUAAUUUAUUUACUAGAGUGUUUAAAUACUCGGUAUAAUGUGACAAGAAAAAAGUCUUACUAGUUUGCCAUAUUUUAAAAAAAUUUAAUACAAAUUAUUCUGUUUUUUUAACCAAAAGAUGUAUUUUUAUAGCUUGUAAAAAUAUGAUGUGAGGGACGGGGAAAAAUAUAAUGUGUCAUGGUAUAAAAUAUUGUGUCACGUUGUUUGGUAUAUACUUCACUAAAUAACAAACUACCACUGACAGUGG